GGCGCCAAAUAACCAAAAUCAAACAGAGGCCAACCUCGUCAGACUUCGCCCGGAGAGGACACAACAAUGGCCCCCUCAAUCUUCAUCGCCGUUCAAUGUUGCCAAUGCUCUACGAUGCAGGUGAAACAACAGAAGAAGAGCAGCAACAAGUGGAGCUGCGUGGUCUGCAACCAGAAGCAAUCGCUCCGGAAGGUGUUUGCCCAGGGUUUCAUGGCCAAGGACGUCCGCAAAUUCGUCCAGAAUUUUAACAUGUCCCGCCAAUGCCUUGAACAAUCCGUAGAUCAAACCCUAGUUUCCGUCCCUGAAGACGCCGCCAAUCGCCCCUCUCCCGGCGAUUACAAAAGGAAGAGGACUGACUGGAGCGAGUACAUCGAUCUGGAGGAUAAUUACGAUGACCGAAUCGCCGACGACCGAGAGGAUGUGCUCGAGCAUAAGAUUGUGACGGAGUCGCCCAAGGCAUUGUUCAAACAGCCCAAGUUGAGCGCUUAUUCAAGCGGUUUGGGCACUGAAGAUGGUGACAAGGGAUUCAAGCCUGUCUUCUCAAAGAGAAAUUCCAAUAGGCCUGUGGUUUCUUUAGACAGGAAACCAAGAAACUGUCAGCCAACAGUUAAUGGGACUCUCAAGUGGAGUGAUUAUAAAGCACAAAAUGAAGACCUUAACUGUGUAGACAAAGAACGAAGAAAUUCUCCACCUAGCGUCAAUGGGACUCUAAAAUGGAGAAUUCACAUGACACAAGAAGACAGGGAUAGCAGGAUGAAGCCAAUGCUAUGUCAGUCAUCAUCAGCCAAAGUAACAUCAGAAUGGUGUGGCUGUAUAACUGCAGAUAAUAGUCAAGGCCGUGCAGAUUAUUAUCAGCCAGGAACAAUAAAAGGAGCUUCAAAAUGGGACAGCUACAUUACAAAGGAUGAUGAUGAAUGGGAGCUGGAAGGGAGGAGAGGAUUUGCAGAUCACAGAGGCCUAGGUGAUGGUGAAUUUGAAGCCAUGCCCUAUGAUGAACGGGUAGAAGACGACAUCCACCCUGAUUUCCUGUGAGCCAUAUCUCAUGCUUGUGGCCUGGUGUUCUGCCCUGUCCUUCCAAAUUAUGUGCAUUUGAUUAGAAACCAAGUCGCUGUUUGGGACACAUGGAAAAUAUGCAUAAUCAUCACAUAGUCUUCUUGUAUAUGUGUAGACACCAUGGACCUCAUCGAAACAUGUUAGUUAAAGGAUCUAAACAUGAUAGUUAAAGGUGA